CCCCUCUUUCUUGAAAUUAAGAAUGCCAUGUUAAUGCAAAGAAGGUCAAUAAUGCCCAAUUUUUGCACAAAGACCUACUGGUACAAAUCAUAUCUGAGAGUCAUAAAUGGCUUCCAAAAGUUAUAAGAACAAAUAUUGAGAAUAGCUCUCAAGUCUCUCCCUAUAAAAUUUCACAAUUUCUCUACCCCCUACACUUCACACAUAAAAUCCAAUCUUAUAUUUCUUUCUAGCAGUCACUAAUGGCUUCCAAAAGCAAAAUUCUGGUCAUCGGCGGGACAGGCUAUAUCGGCAAGUACAUCGUCAACGCGAGUGCUAAGGCCGGCCACCCAACUUUCGCACUGUUGAGGGACACAGCUGCUUCUUCUGGUACUGAGAGAGGUAAACUUCUUGAGAGCUUCAUGAAAUCUGGCGUCACUUUCCUCCAGGGAGAUCUCAACGAUCAUGGGAGUUUGGUGAGGGCAAUUAAGCAGGUGGAUGUGGUGAUCUCUACUGUAGGGAAGCAAUUGAUACAAGAGCAGGUGAAAAUCAUAGAUGCCAUUAAAGAAGCUGGGAAUGUGAAGAGAUUCUUCCCUUCAGAGUUUGGAAAUGAUGUUGAUCAUAUCCAUGCUGUUGAUCCAGCAUUGUCAAUGUGGAAUAAGAAGGUUAAAAUCCGCCGAACCAUCGAGUCUGAAGGAAUUCCCCACACCAUUGUUGUCUCCAACUUCUUCUUCGGCCACUUCCUCCAUAAUUUGGCACAGCCUGGUGCUGCAACUCCUCCUCGAGAUAAAGUAGUCAUAUUAGGAGAUGGAAAUCCGAAAGUAAUUUUUAACAAGGAGGAGGACAUUGGCAAUAUCACAAUUAAAGCUGUGGAUGACCUAAGAACUUUGAAUAAGAUCGUUUACAUCAAAUCUCCACACAACAUUGUCUCAUUCAAUGACCUUGUAUCUCUGUGGGAAAAAAAGAUUGGAAAAACCCUCGAAAAGGUCUAUGUUCCAGAGGAACAACUAUUGAAGGAAAUCCAAGCUGCUACGCAUCCAGUAAAUGUAACUUUGUCACUGAAACACUCAGCUUUUGUGAAAGGUGAUCAUACAAACUACGAGAUAGAUCCUUCAAUUGGAGUUGAGGCUUCUGAGCUUUAUCCUGAUGUGAAAUACUCCUCUGUAGAUGACUACAUGAAUCAGUUUGUCUAAUAUUCUUUUUUGUUUUUCUUGGGUUCUUUGUUUUAAAGAAAGGAAGACUUUAUUAGUUCAAGUCUUCAAGAUACAUUAAUGUUAGUAAUCUGUU